UCAGAAGCUUGCGCGAACAGAUUCAGCGUGAUGGCGGACGCCGAGACAGAAGGGGAGGCGCCGCGCUGCGUCGGCUGCGGCCGGCGCGUGAAGACGCUCUUCGUGCAGUACUCUCCGGGCAACAUCCGUUUGAUGAAAUGCGAUAACUGCAAGGCUGUCGCUGAUCCCUACAUCGAGUGUGAGUUCAUGAUUAUCUUGAUUGAUCUGAUUCUGCACAAGACCAGGGCGUACCGGCAUCUGCUGUUUAAUAAGCUGCACAUUGGUUCAUCUCUUGAUAAGGGAAUACUGUACCAGUCCAUUCUGGUGUAUAUUGUUGUUGAUGCUUUCAGAAUAUCGGUUUCAGAAGGCAACACAGCUGAUAAGAAUUCUUCCAGAAGCAUGUUGUCCACAAUUUUCAUUUGCAGCGAGGUUCUGGGUAACUCAUUGUUAGGGAACGUCGUAUUUAUGGCAAUAUUACUUCUGGGAGUACGAUAUAUUCUCAAACUAUCUUUUGAUAUUAUGAGGUAUAGAGAGGUUCUGUUAGCUGUCAUCAUUUCAAGCUACUUCAAGUUAUUUCUUCUGACAAUGAUGGUAUGGGAGUUUCCAUCAUCUGCUAUAUUCAUUGUUGAACUAUUUGUUCUCUCAUCAAAUGUUGUCGCCCUGAGAGUCAUGACCCAGUUCCCAAAAGCCCAUUGCGUUGGAAUCUGCUUCGUGGCGCAUGCAGCGAAACACUUGACGGAGCGAUGGCUCCUCCGGACACCGUGAACAUGGAUUCAUCAGGACUGCCCACCAUCUUACUCCAAGUGUCCUUGCGAGUUGCUCAGCUCUGGACCACGCCGGAACAUGAGUGGUGGCGGGAUGUCCUGUUGUCUUUGUACCGAGGCCCUACAGCGUUUGCUGCAGUUGGGCGAUCUUUUCCGGUGAGCGUGCUUCGAAACUGAAGGGGUGAUAUGUGUAGUGUAGAUGGCCUGUCCCCUUCGCCUGCUUAUUGCGUAGGCAGUAGCUGCUUCCACUGUUCAUGGAAGUGCGUCACUGAAAGGGCCUCUCUACCUUCUUCCUACACGUGCAAAACGCAGCAAAAUCCAGUGUCUGUCUUGCUCUGUUCAGUUUUGUUUACAUCCAUUGUU